UCACCUGCAGAUUUUUUUGCACCAAAUUUGCAAUCAUUUCACUAUUAUGGGAAGCACUACCUUAGAAGUCACACAAUCAAUGUUUCAUCACUUUCGGAUGCAUUUAUCUGCCCGUUGGGGUGCAACCAGGAUGAUGAUCAAGAUUAUGCCGAUCAAGAUUAUGCCAGCUUGUUCCCUGAUCUUUCUCAUGUGAAGGUUCUUACUGUCAACACUGUGAUUCUCAAGGAUUUAAUGUUAACUGCAGAACUCAGACAACUAGUUUUCCCCAUUGAAUUUCAUAAUCUGCAAGAACUACAGCUUCUUGUAGAUUCAAUGACAGAUGAGAACCUGGAUGCUGUAUAUGGUUUCUUUCACCUUUGCCCAUGUCCUUCCAUUGAGAGGCUUUUUAUUCAAAUGAGAGGAAAGAAAGAAGAAGAUCCUGUUCAUGCAAACCAUGCUAUAAAGGCAAUGGAAACGCCACAAGAUAUUGAUUUCAGCCACCUGAGGGUGAUCAAGAUGACCAACUUCAAAGGAUGGAGAAAUGAGAUCAGGUUGCUGAAGUUUCUUUUGGAAAAAGCUCUUUGUUUGGAGAGCUUGAUUAUACUGGUUGCUCCAUUGGUGGAAAAUGGCAUGGAUUUAGUAUCACAAAAUAAGCAGCUUUCUGAAAGCCAAAGAUUAGCAAUUCUUAGCGGACAAAUAUCUAUGCUACCAAAGGCAUCUUCCCAAGCUCAAAUAAUAUUAUGUGAUUCCUCUCAGGAUGAUAAGAGAAUUCAACCGGUGCAUCAAGGUGUUAACCAUGAGUAUAACCAUUCAGAGGAUCGCUAUGACUUAAUCUCGAGUAUUAGAUCAGGAGUGGAUAUACAAGUGCUUAUUUAGUGUAACAAAAUUUCAUAUCAUGAGGAUUGUCAUAUAAUUCACACUAAAUGGUCCAUAUUGUAACAUCAACAUUUCUGCAGUUUGUAAUGUAAUUAUUUUACAACAAUGCAAUAAGUUGCACCUUAUAUGGAAAGGUUGAAUAACAAUGGCAGGAACCAAUGUGCUUUGACGUUGCAACACAGUGGCCAGAGUACCCAACCAGGUGUACGGCAUGGUCCUGUGCAGUGGUGACAUCAAUAAGACCACUUGCCGGAGCUGCCUUGACGGUGCAAGUGAAGACAUCCUCCAGUUAUGCCCCAACAGCAAGGCUGCUUUCGUAUGGUACGACCCCUGUUUCCUCCGUUAUUCCAACCAGAACUUCGUCUCUUCCACUGUAAACUCUAAUCCACCACCAGUCAUGCCGGACGACCACAGCGUUAAUGGGCCUGGGGAGGCCAAUUCCACUGUAUCAAACACCAAAAUAUAUGGCCAGGCACAGUGCACUCUGGAUUUGUCAGGAGACCAGUGCUAUGGAUGCUUGCUUGAUUCUUUCCGUAUAAUUCCUGGUAAUCAAGAUAAGCAAGGACUGAGAGUUCUUGGAGUUAGGUGCAAUUUCAGGUAUGAUGUGAAUUCAUUCUAUAGUGGUAGUUCCAUGGUGCAGCUCCCUCCUGUUUCUCCUCUUCAAUCUGAUGGUACCAAUUCAACCACGUCCAUUCCGACGGUCACAGUGGAAAGAGAAGGAAACAAACAUAACUAUGUUAUAGUUCUCGCCGUUGCCAUCCCUCUGGUCGUUAGUUUCAUGCUAAUUUGCACCAUUUGCAUUUGCUAUUGGAAGAAAAGGAGGUUGGCAAAUAAAAUUCCCUAUGUGACAGACCCAGACCCAGAUCAAUCAGAAGCAUAGACUCGAUUCAAUUUGAUCUAUUAACUCUUAGAAACGCAAUAGCAAACUUCUCUAAUGAGAAUAAACUUGGAGAAGGUGGCUUUGGUGCAGUUUACAAGGCAAAGCAGCUCCAGUUUGUUUCUUUGAUUUCAAAAACAAUUUCAUUAUGUGAAAAUCAUCAUGCUGAUCUUAAAACUGAUUCAAAGUCAUUCAAAUGUGAAAAUUGGAUUUAUCCACUUAAUCCACAGGGCACAU